CACAGAGGUUACAACAGUCAGUUGUAGAAAGGAUAUCAACAGAGUGUUAGAAAAUGCUUCAACAAACCAGGUGUGUUCGGUAAUGCAGAUGAAGUGAAGUCAGUGUCAGUGAUGGAGGGAGAUUCUGUCUCUCUACACACUGAUAUUCCUGAAGUACAGAGAGAGGAUCAGAUUCUGUGGAUGUUUGGACCUCAAAACACUCGAAUAGCUGAUAUCCACAGACAGAACACUGAUACAGAUGCCACUAAUACAAUAUUUGAGAAAAGACUCCAGUUGGACAGUCGGACUGGAUCUCUGACCAUCAGAAACAUCAGAUCUGAACACACUGGACUUUAUAAACUACUGAUCAUCAACAGCAGAGGGACAGAAGAGAAGAAGUUUAAUAUUUCUAUUUAUGCACGUCUGCCUGCUCCUGUCAUCACCAGAGACUCUUCAAACUGUUCUUCAGGAUCAUCAGUGUCUAAUUGUUCACUGCUGUGUUCAGUUGUGAAUGUGAGUGCUGUGACUCUCUCCUGGUACAAAGGAAACAGUUUAUUGUCCAGCAUCAGUGUGUCUGAUCUCAGCAUCAGUCUCUCUCUACCUCUGGAGGUGGAAUAUCAGGAGAACAACACCUACAGCUGUGUGAUCAACAAUCCCAUCACAAACCAGACUCAACACAACAUCAACAUCACUCAACUCUGUCACACGUGUCCAGGACUGGAUAACCGUUCAAAACACAUGAAGCCAAAAGCCCUUAUAGCCAUUAUAACAAUUAUAGCAGUGCUGCUUCUGUGCAUAGCUGCAGUUGUAGGUUUGAAGAAACAGAAGGCAAGUCAUUACAAAAAUACAUAUGCUCAGGGUGCGAUUUGUGAA